UUUUUAUCUCUUCUUACUUUUUUCUUUCUCUCUGUUGAUGGUUCAUUCUCUACUUUUGAUAAAAUGUCUAAACACCAAAAGAAACCUAUACAAUUUGACAAUAUAACUCAAUGUCUUGAAGCUUGGACCACUUUGAAUGAAAAAGGUGCUGUGAUAUUAUCAAGUAUAAAUGUAGACCAACAACCCAAAGGUGAUUCUCAGUUACUUUCCGAUUUGAAUGAUAUUUUGAUAGGCAUGCGACAAGUAUUAGAAGCUAUGCAUGAACUAUUUGAUCAAAUAUCUGAAAAAGAUGAACAAUUUGAAUUAUAUCGUCAAUGUAUUAAUAUGUUUGAACAAGAAUUUAUGGUCAAGGAAUCUAUUCAAUCUAUAGUACAACAAUCUGGAUUUAUGUCAAAACAACAUUUAACUGGAAGUAUCUCUCUUUGGAAAGCAGAAGCUUAUUUGGAUGAAGAUGUUAUUAAACGAUUACAUUGAUAUUCUAUAUUGUAUUUUAUUUUAUUUUUUUUAUAUAUUUAUAUAUAUCAUUAUCAUUUGUUCUAUUUUAUUUUGAAAAUAAAUAUCUGUAGUACCA